GGAUGUUGGCUGCUCCCGCUGCCGCCGCUGCCGCCGCUGCUGUCGGCGCUGCUCGGGGCCUUGGCGGCUGGAACCGGGCGCCUUUGGGACCUUUCCCGGGGGGCGGGAACGCACUCAGCGGCCGGGGGCUCGGCCGGGCCGUCCCGGCCUGCGCAGCCUGAGAUUCUCUUUGUGGCCAGAUGGGUUUGUAUGGACAGGCUUGUCCAUCUGUAACUUCGUUUAGGAUGACAUCUGAACUGGAGAGCAGCCUAACAUCUAUGGACUGGUUACCACAGCUCACCAUGAGAGCAGCCAUCCAAAAAUCUGAUGCUACACAAAAUGCACAUGGAACAGGAAUUUCUAAGAAGAAUGCACUCCUUGACCCCAAUACAACUCUGGACCAGGAAGAAGUUCAACAGCACAAAGACGGGAAACCACCUUACAGUUACGCCAGCCUCAUUACAUUUGCAAUUAAUAGCUCACCCAAAAAGAAAAUGACUUUAAGUGAGAUUUACCAGUGGAUUUGUGAUAACUUCCCGUAUUAUAGAGAGGCUGGCAGUGGUUGGAAGAAUUCUAUACGACAUAAUCUGUCACUGAACAAGUGUUUCCUUAAAGUGCCUCGAUCUAAGGAUGACCCCGGAAAGGGGUCCUAUUGGGCAAUAGACACCAAUCCGAAAGAAGAUGCACUGCCUACUCGGCCAAAGAAGAGGGCACGAUCUGUAGAACGGGCCUCAACUCCAUAUAGCAUAGAUUCAGAUUCUUUGGGAAUGGAGUGUAUUAUUUCGGGAAGUGCCUCUCCAACUCUGGCAAUCAACACUGUGACUAACAAAGUAACGCUGUACAACACUGAUCAGGAUGGUAGUGAUAGCCCACGCAGUAGCCUUAACAACAGUCUGUCAGACCAGAGUUUGGCAUCUGUUAAUUUGAACAGUGUUGGAAGUGUGCAUAGUUUUACACCGGUGACAAACCAUCCAGAACCAGUGUCUCAAUCAUUAACUCCUCAGCAGCAGCCACAGUACAACCUUCCAGAACGAGACAAGCAACUACUUUUCUCAGAAUAUAAUUUUGAAGAUCUUAGUGCCUCUUUUCGGAGUCUUUAUAAGUCAGUUUUUGAGCAGUCACUUAGUCAACAAGGUUUGAUGAACAUCCCUUCUGAAUCUUCCCAGCAGUCCCACACUUCGUGUUCCUAUCAGCACUCUCCUAGUAGUACAGUGAGCUCUCACCCACACAGCAACCAAAGCAGCCUGUCCAACAGUCAUGGCAGUGGCCUGAACACCACAGGCAGUAAUUCAGUUGCACAAGUCUCGCUGUCCCACCCCCAGAUGCACACACAGCCUUCUCCACAUCCUCCCCUUCGACCACAUGGUUUACCACAGCAUCCACAGCGUCCCCAGCACCCAACACCACACCCACAGCAACACAGCCAGCUCCAGUCCCCACACCCCCAGCACUCCUCUCCACAUCAACACAUGCAGCACCAUCCGAACCAUCAGCAUCAGACGUUGACACAUCAGGCACCCCCACCCCCACAACAGGUAUCCUGUAAUUCUGGUGUUUCAAAUGAUUGGUAUGCAACACUUGAUAUGCUAAAAGAAAGCUGUCGAAUUGCCAGCAGUGUUAAUUGGUCAGACGUAGAUCUUUCACAGUUCCAAGGUCUGAUGGAGAGUAUGAGGCAGGCAGAUCUCAAGAACUGGUCUUUAGAUCAGGUUCAGUUUGCUGAUCUGUGUUCUUCUCUUAAUCAGUUCUUUACACAAACUGGCCUUAUCCACUCACAGAGUAAUGUUCAGCAAAAUGUUUGUCAUGGUGCCAUGCAUCCAACAAAACCUUCCCAACACAUUGGAACAGGAAAUUUGUACAUAGACUCUAGGCAAAAUCUCCCUCCUUCAGUGAUGCCCCCCCCCGGUUAUCCUCAUAUCCCACAGACACUCAGCACUCCAGGAACAACAAUGGCAGGCCACCAUGGAGCCAUGAACCAGCAGCACAUGAUGCCUUCCCAAGCCUUCCAGAUGCGGCGCUCCCUGCCUCCAGAUGACAUCCAGGAUGACUUUGAUUGGGAUUCAAUUGUGUAGGGCUUGUUUCUAUAAGGCACCAGACCCCAUUGUCACCUUUCUGUGCAGUGAAGGGAAAGGUUUAAGAGAAUCCAGUUGAGAAAACAGAGUUGCUAAUCACUUUACCAAUGUUAUCAAAAUUUCUUUUGAAGACAAUCAAAAAGAUUUUAGCUGGAUAACUUACUGCUUUUAUCUGACCCAAACAAGUACUACAUGUUUGUCUCCCUGCCAGCUGCCCUAUGUAGCUCCUAACUGUUGUGUGAUUUGGACGGAUUUUGCAUAUUUGUGUCAGUUUGAUGGUAACCACAAGUGCCAGACUGAUUUUUCAGACAGAGCCUAUUUUGCUGCAAGCAGUUUAUAGAUACAUAUGUGUAAAUAUAUGUACAAAAAUUACUGAAAGGCUUCAAUUUUUUCUAAUUGGAUUAUUAUGCCUUGAAAAGAAAGUUAUUGUCAGUUUUUAUUCCUUGUUAGGCUAUUUUCUGCAGGAUGCUUUUAACUGAUGUACGGAACCAAAAGGAGAUAGAUUUUUUCAAACUCCAUUCCCCUUAUUUAAUCUUUUUCAGAAAUGUGGGUAAUGAGUUCUACCUGGUAAGUCAAAGAACCCAGAGUUUGAUACUCUCCAGAUAAUCCAAAGGGGCAUGUUGUUCUUGAGCAGCAAAAAGAACUGACCAAAUUUGUUUUGAUGCUUGGGGGAUUAUAGAGUAUAUGUUGUACCGUGUCAAUGUCUGUUUUCCUAAAUCUGCAUUAUAACAGUUCUAAAAUUUGAUCAUUUAGAAGCUGGGCAUUGCUUGGCUCUUUAAACAAAUCAGUGCUUCCACAUUCACUUAUUUAUUACUCAGAAGUGUUAUUUUAGUAUUUAUUUUUCUACCUUCUUUGAAUGCUCAACUCCUAUUGGGUUCAUUAAGGAGAAAUGUGGUAUCCGAAAGCACAGAAUUAUUUUUCUUAAUAAGAGUUUACAGACAAGACAAUCAGAGGGAUAUUGUGUCAUUCUCUAUCAUCACUCCUUUUAUCACGUGAGUAUAUUUCCUGGUCUUAGCAUUCCUGCUGAUUGAGACUUAUUAGCUAAAUAGGAUUUUUCUGGAGUUUGAAUCAGAGUCUAUAUGGGCAACAGAACAGCAGGACAGUGUUUAUAAAGCAAGUUUCCCCGCUUGUUCUCUUUAGGUAGCACUGAAAGGAGGAUAGAGCCACACAGAUUUUAUUUGCCUCAGUCUUCAGUGUAGUUAUUAAGUGGCUUGCUGUUUCUGUUGUCUUGUGUGUCUGUGUGUGUGUGACAUUUGGUCACUUUCUUUGAAAUGCAGCCCCAGCUCUUAGGGGUUUUUAUUAGUUGUUUUGUUUUAUAUCAUAUAUCACAGUUACUUUGCAUGGAUUGAUUGUUUUAGUUUUCUAAUAAAAUUAGAAGAAAUUAGUUUUUUUAAAUUUUAUUUUUAAUGAUUAGAUUCUGGAUUGGUUCUUUAGACCAAAAAAAUUUUCUUUCAGUUCUAGUGGGGAAAUGUGUUCCAUACAUCAAGGAGUAGUAACUGCUCACUGAUUGCUUUUGCAUCUCUGCUCUCUAUCAACCAUGCUAAAUCACUUUAAUUAGCCUUGGUGAUUCUCUGAUUGAGUAAUCUCUACUUGAACUAAACAAGCAUUUUUGUUUCUGUGUGUGUGUGUGUGUGUGUGUGUGUGUGCGUGCGUGCAUGUGCAUGUGUGUGUGUACGUGUGAGAGAGUGUGUUAUGUGAAAGAGAGAGAAUAUAUGUUUGUGAACAUAUAGUGUUUUUUUUUUUUCUUUUAAUGGAGUGUUGUCUUGACUGAAUCACUGGGAAGCCAGCCAUGGUAAGGGCUGCUGAGAAAGGAAGAGGUUGGUGAGAAAGGAAAAUCUUUAUGUUUUUCUGUUGUUUGGACCCUGCUUGGCAUGAAAAAGGAAGCUCAGUUCCAGCCUCUUAGAUAAACGAAAAUUGGAGGACUCUGGAAAGGCAGCCAACAAACAGCCCUCUCUUAGAAGGAUCAGAGACAAGAUGAGAUGGCAGCCUGCAGAGUAAAAGCUUAAAAAAAGAGGGGCAGUUUUUCAAUAGUCCACUCAAGUCACUGUUUUCUAAACUUCAAAAUAGCUGUUUUGAAACCGUUUAAAUUGCUUGGGUAGCAAUGUGCACUUUAAACAAUUUGGAUAUUGGAUUGCAGUCUUGUUAUACUGAAUGAUUUAGGUAGAACCACUGAUGAUGAUUUUACAAAUUGUGUGAAGCUAAUUUUCCAUUUGGCAAUCAUUUACUAUUUGCAAUGAUCAAUAUUUUUUAUGAGAAUUUAAUCUUACCAAGAAUGGUCCUGAAGGCAAAGCCUUUACAAAGACCCAUCCCACUCUCCUGUGAGCCAGGUGGCCCGGGCUAGCCUAGGACAGGCUGCCUCUGUGGACCUUGGCCAGACAGGGCUACUUGGUGAGGUGCUGAGAGUCCCUCUAGUGGCCAUUUCAAUUGGUAGUUGUUAAUGCAGAGUAAGUUCUGUUUUGGGCUUAAAUUGAUUGAAGACUUGGGGAAGAGAAUAAUAAAUGCAUGUAAUCAAAUGGAGGCAAGGCACUCUGUCCAGGAGAAUAAUCCGACUGGCAUUUGUGGCAGUUUUUGAAAUGUAAAUGUAUUCAUGUUUGUUCUUGUAAAUACAUGUCUCUCAGAUGUCCUUUGAAGUGGGAGGGAAUCAAUCUGGGGAUAAUUUCAAAUGGAAUAGAGUAUUUUGAUAUUGUUCAUUCAGAGGGUGAUGUGUACAUAUCUAUAUUGUAUAUAUGUGAUGAAAAUGCAUUGGCUUUUCGUGCAAACAACCUGCUCUCUGUACUGCUAUUGGACAGUGUUUUAAUGUUUCUACAGUUUUGCUAUUGCACGAUUUCAUAUUUUGCCUCUAUGAUGAACGGCACCCAUUCUUUGUAACUGUUUAGUGCUGUAAAGAAAUACUCCAAGUGUCAUUAGGAUUGUUGCUGCCAGACCUGAUAUGCAUGAAUGGCACUUAAAAUAAAUAUAUUAUGUUAACUCUA